AUGAAAUAUCAAGUCUUAACCUCAAUCAUUGCUGCUGCUUCCUUAGUCAGUGCUAAAGCUGCUCCAGUUGCUGAAGCCUUACCAUGGGCCAAUGCUAAUCCUCAAGCUGCUGCUGCUGCUGAUGCUUACGCUGAAGCUUAUGCUGAAGCCAUUGCUAUUGCUCACCCAGAUCCAGAAGCUUAUGCUUUAGCUGCUUCUGCUGAUGAUUGUGCCUCAAUUGCUUGUCACGCUUCAUGUGGUUUAUUAAUUAUUGGUGGUCAAGCUUGUUCUACCAACAGUGAAAACAACUAUAAAGGUCCAUACAACACCUCUUGUUUAUGUACCGAAGGUGGUGACUUCAAAAAAUACUAUGAUCCAUGUAUGGAAUGUGGUUGGACUUUAUGGAAAUAUUAUGGUGUCUAUGUCGAAGAAGCUUUAGCUGCUUGUGAUGGUUUAUCAACUGAACCAACUGGUACUGCAAGAUGUUCAACCACUUUGACUGAUUCUUAUACUCCAGAUUAUAACAUUGAUGGUUGUACUUACUUAGGUAACUGUCCAGAAUCUACUAAAGCUCAAGAAGAAUCAUCAUCAACUCAAGAAGCUUCAACCACUUCUCAAGAACAAACUUCAACCUCUGAACAACAACAAGCUUCUUCCUCCGCAGCACCAGAAGAAACUUCAACCUCUGAACAACAACAAGAAUCAUCAACCUCUGAACAACAACAAGAAUCAUCAUCUCAACAACAACAAGAAACCUCUACUUCUGAACAACAACAAGAAUCAUCUGCUGCUGCUCCAGAAUCAUCUGCUGUUGAACAAACCACUGAACAAGCUUCAUCUGCUGAUCCAUCAUCUACUGCUCAACAAUCAUCAGCCGCUCCAUCAUCAGUUGCUGAACAAACCUCAUCCGCUGCUGAAGCUUCAACUACUGCUGCUGUUUCCACUUUCGAAGGUGCUGCUGCUAAAUUAGCUGGUGCCGGUUCAGCUGUCUUUGCUGUCUUAGUUUCAUUCUUAUUUUGA